AUGUUUUCAAGAUAUUUGGUUCUCUACCUAGUAUUAUCAACCUUGGUGAUGGAGGUAUAAGGAGGAAAAACAGUAUUAUCAACCUGUUUUGGUAAAUUAGUCCCUGCUGUUAUUAAAUGUUUCGGGGCUAGAAUAUUUGGACUAAAUAUGAACAAAGUGAAACACAUAAUGAUUGCAAGACAUUAUCUAGAUAAAUUAGAUCCAGGAGAAAUCGUUUAUGAAGUGAUAACUGUAGUUGCAUCAAACUUGCCUUAUAAAAAAUAUGUUGAUAUUAUGCUUGUGUCAGGAAAAAUAAUAAGAAUCACUGUUAAAAUACUGGCAGAUGGAGUUGGAAUUGGAACUGGUUAUGCAAUUGAAAAAAUUGCCGAUGCCAUUGAAAAAUAAUGCUGA